CUGGACGGUGGACCUCAACGGGGCCGGCUGCGGCUGCAACGUCGGGUUCUACCUGGCGUCCAUGGGGCAGAACACCGAGCCCUCCUCCUGCGAGGACUACUACUGCGACGCGAACGCCGUGUGCGGCAUCAACUGUCACGAGAUCGACCUCCAGGAGGCCAACACGCACGCGUGGUUCAGCACGCUGCACCUCGGGGACGACAGCGACGGCUCCGUGCUAG